AUAAGAGAAGCUGAACGUCCAGUCUUGAAGAUGUGACCGCUGUUACUCCAGGGGUACUGAUAAGUUUGUCUUAUAAACACGUUUAAGAUAUGAUAAUACUGCCGACUAAUAAAUAAAGGCAAUAUGCAUUUAGACUGUGCUGUUUGUUUUACGUCGAUUUCAUGAAUUAUAUUUCAUAAACACCAUAGAUAGAGAACGCACUCCCUCAUGUUCUGUUUAGAUUGACUUUAUGGCGUGUUUGAUUUAAUAAUAAUAAUAUUAUAAUUACAAAAAUUAACUCCUAAUUUUCCUGUUUUUUCUUUUCCUCUCCUUCGAGAAAAGGAUAUUCAUUUAGGGCUGCUAACUUUUGAGUUUCGGGAUGGGUUGGUUUCAUAUUCAUAUAUUCGGAGUUCUGCUUUUAGUAACUUUCUUACGGUGUAUGCAAAAAUGUUGAUACGAAUAAAUUAUUAUUAUUGCCAAAUAUGACUUCAGCUACAACUCUGUUUUCUCACUGUUUUAUAAAACCUUAAAAAAAGCAUUGAACUCUAUGGAUGCUGGUGACAUAAACGAUCUUUAAAGUGGACAUCGGAUGCAAAAUUCACUUUUACAUGGUGUUUGCAUAUAAAUGUGUCUUAUAGUGAUGGGUCGUUCUUGAACGAAUCUUGGGACUCGGGACGUGAUUCGUUCAGUCGCGCAUGCGCAACAUUCUAUUAGGUUCUGUACUGGAAUUAGUUCACCUGUUUCGAGUCUACGGGUUUUUGGAGUCGUUCGUUCACCGUAUGGGGCUGCCACAUGACGAAAGAACGACUCGAACCCGAAGACUCGAGAGAUGAACUAAUAAGUUCUUUUCCCGUCUCAGACUCCGUUGGUUAAGCUUAUUGGGUGGAAACAAUGAAUUAUUUUUUUCUGUUUCUUAUAGCAAUAUAGUUUUAUUUUGUUUGUAGUUUGUGUAAGCAGUAACGUGUAACGUGUAAACGUGUAACCUGUAACGUUUGUGUAAGCAGUAGAUGUGUUAGGGGGGUAACACGUAACAUUUUAAUUAUAUUUUGCCAAAAUGAACGAAAUGACUCGAAAAAAGAUUCGUUCAAGAGUCGGUAAAAUUAUCCGAACUUCCCAUCAAUAGUGUCUUAGCAGUGUGUGGACACAACCACCGUACAAUGAUAAAAAAUCCAUUCACUUCUCUUUUUAAUCCCGAAAAAACCUGAACAGCCUUAAUUAUCAAACGUUUUGAUUUUCUGAGCAAUAUGAGUCACUUUGCUCAUGCCCCGCCCAUGACCGCUGUCGGACUGUAUUUGUAUUUUUCUGUUAUUUGUAUCCAUUCUAGACACAUCCGUCGUACUCUUGACAUUUUCUCCACGCUCGAGCUGUAUAGCGACAAUAUCUUUGCUGUGUGAAAUAACCUAAGUACACUGAAAUCAGUACUGAAGCUGUGUUUGGAAUGGCAUACUGCCAUACAACUCUUACUGUAUUGCAGUAUGCUAUACUGUGAAUAGUUUGUGAAUUUUCUGUAUCCAUUGAAUUCCCGGGUUCUGAAGACACUGCAUGGGAUACUGUUUCCUACAACCCAACACGCUCCAUGUGAUGUUUUAUCUUCAAAGGGAAUAAUAAUUAUAAAUGUAACACUUUUAUAUGUAUGAACAUGUUACUGUAAACUACAAACUAUUGCUGUUUAUCUAAAAACAUUAUCCUAACUCUGUCCAUGGGUGGCUGCGAUAAACAGCACUGCAAAAGACACUUGUUUAUCAGUAUAGUAUCAGUGGCUGACGCAAAAUCAUUGCGUUUGAUGCAAUCGACUCGAGUUCGAAUCUGCCUUUUGCCAGACUCAUUCUUCUCCUUUUCCCAUUACAUCAGAUUGGUAAGGCAUUUAUUUUUUAAAUAAAAGCACUUCGUGUAACUAUAUUGAUUUUUCCACUUAAUGAAUCAUUUCAGUCAGCUCAGUGUUUAUCCGUUCUGUUCAAUAUGUAAAGUUCAUUAAUUCUGAAAUUAGGUCAGUUGGGCAAUAUAGCAUUUUAUUACUAUGAACCUUUAUUAACAAGCCCUAAAAAGAACGGUUAGCACAUUUAUUUGUAAGGUAACAGCCGACAGCUGUGCUGAAUUAAUGUUUAGAGUUUGUCAUGUGAAAACACUAGCAUACAGUGUAAAUCAGAAUGUUUUUAUAUUUACUGGUUUCAGUUUUCUUCCCGUAUUAGGGGCGGCGCUGUCGUUCUCAGAUCGGAUAGAUGUUACAAACAGAAUAAGAGAAGCUGAACGUCUACCCCAGGUCAAGUACUGAAGAUGUGACCACUGUCACUGUAGAGGGACGUUACUUGCAUGUAAUGCAAACAGCUACCCAACAGCCCCGCCCACAGACCUGUCAUUUGUGCAAACAUGUUAAGAUUAGUCACGACAUCGCUGUGUCUUUACUGCCAGCGGGCUCAAGUAACACCUUUGCUUCUCACGAGGCCCCGCUCCGUGAUCUUUCAAGAAGAGAACCAGCUUGUCGUAAACGCCCUGUACGACUUGUCCGUAGACAUCAGUAAAGUCCGGAAGCUGAAAGGUUGGGUCUUACGCCAGAGUCCUGUGUAUGUGAGCGAGACCGCCACCCUGCUGAGGGACAUGGGGGCUAGCGGGCCUGUUAUCGCCCGUGUUUUGGAACUUUAUCCUGAGGCCAUCCUCUGCAAUCCUGAUCAAAUGGAAGCGCAGAAAAAGCUGUGGAUGUCAGUGUGCGCCACCCACAAAGAUCUAGUAGGAAUCAUUGAAAAAUUCCCCGCCUCGUUUUUCACCUCGUCCUCUGAUCACAACAACCAGAAAGCUAACAUUGCAUACUUCCAGACGUUACAUCUCAACAAACGCAUCAUUAGCAAGCUCAUGGCCAGCGCCCCUCAGAGCUUCAGCCGUCCCAUGAAGCAAAACGAGGAGAUGAUCCAGACCCUGCAGAAAACCUAUUUGGACUUGGGCGGGAAGGAGGACAAUAUGAAGAUCUGGUUGCAAAAGCUGCUUACACAGAAUCCCUACGUGCUUCUAAAGCUUCCAAACGCCCUGCCCGAUAACUUGGCGUUCCUACGCAACGUAGGCUUUACCGGCGAUGAGCUCUUACGGCUGCUUUCCAAACUGAAGGGAUUUGUUACUGAGCUCAACCCUGAAAGUAUGAGACUCACCCUCAGCUACUCUCAGGAGACUUUAGGAUGCACAGAUGCAGAGCUCAGGCAGAUCGUACUUCAGUGUCCAGCCUUGUUAUACCAUUCUGUGCCUAUACUAGCUGAUCGCUUUAAAGGCCUUCUCGCUGCUGGAGUAAGUAUGGAGCAGAUCAUGGAGACUCCAACAGUGUUAGAACUGACAACGCAGAUAGUUCAAUAUCGCAUUCAGAAACUGCAUUCUUUUGGUUAUGAUGUACGUUCUGGUAGUCUGGAAUUCCUCAAUGGCACCAAGAAGGACUUCGAGAUGAGCUAUGGAAAGUUGCGUCUUAGGCAAGAGAGACCACUUUUUAAUCCAGUAGCUCCACUUCGAACAGAAGAUUAAGCUUGGAAGCCCGUUUGUGUCAUAAAAUAAAAUAAAAAACUAAAUAAACUGUUACCUUUCAUUUUAAUUCUGACUUUUUCACAAUGUGUGAGUUUAUAUCUGGCAACCCUGCUGAAUAAAACAACAACAGAAAUCAUCACAGAAUUUGUAAUGGUUUUACCGGUUGUAAUGGGAAUUGUAUGGGUUUUAAUGGAAACUGUAAUGGUGGCUGUUGGUCUCUAAUGGUAAUUGGUCACCUUCUAUUGGUGUGUUAUUACUACCACUUAAUUCUAAUGGAAUAUGUCCCAAAACACACUACAGGAAACCAUUUUGAAUGGUUAAAAGUUGAUUUAUAAUGUUUGUAAUGGUAUAUGUAGUGGAAACCAUUAGAAUUUUGGUAAUUGUUUCUAUUCAGCUGGGACUUUUGAAUUUACAUCUCAAAAUUCAUUUUUUUUUUCUCCGAAAUGUGGAUUUCUAACACAACUGUGACUACUUGCAAUUUUGAGCAAAAUGUCAGAAUAGAGGUUUUGCACAGUUUGUCACAAUUGGUCAGUUACCCGGAUGCGCAGCCAUAUCGGCGAUACUGGAAUGUAAACAACGGCAUGGUUGACAUGGUGGAUAAGAACAAACAUGAAUGUUGUCAAGAUUCUUGCCUCAGAAAUCCUGGUCCAGUUUGGCUAACCACAAAUGGCAGUUUUUUGCACUUGUCGUCUCCUUGAUUUGUUAUAACUUUUGGCAGUCUACAGUACUUCAAAUGUUUUUCCCAGUCCGACCAAUUAGUAAAUCCCAGAUGCCAGUAAUUGACACUUUCAGCAGCAAUAAUCUGUAAAAUAAGUGAGUUUCAUUUGGUUCAGUGGCAUUGUGUGAGAAAUAAAGUCAGCAUUUUUUGUUAUAACAGAAUUAUGGUGUGUGCACACCAAAACC